AUGUCCCUCCCUGCGCCCCCUAUCACCGACACUGCGGGCGUCACCAAUCCCUCGGUGAGCGCGCCAGGCGUGACCGCCCCCGGGCGCUCCGACAGCGAAUACUCGGCCGACGAGGAGAAGGGGCAGAGCUCGGUGACGUCUGCGGCGUCUAGUUCCGAGCAGCUGCAGAACAGGUUCUACGAGCCCCCCGACAGCUGGGAGAGCAAACAUCGCUGGGACCCCGCGGCAACAUGGACAAAAGAGGAGGAAACCAAGCUGCUGCGCAAGAUUGACUUGCGCGUGGCGUUCGCCGCCUGCGUCUUCUUUGGGUGCCUGUGCCUCGACCGCAGCAACAUCUCCAACGCGCUCAGCGACAACAUGCUCCACGACCUCGGCCUCACCACCUACCAUUACAAUAUCGGCCAGACAAUCUUUUACUGUUCUUUCCUGUUCGCCGAGCUGCCCUCGCAGAUGAUCUCGAAAAAGCUCGGGUCAGAUGUGUGGAUUCCCAUCCAGAUGAUGGCGUGGAGCGUCGUCGCCAUCACACAGUGCGCGCUCUCAAACCUCACCGGCUUCUACAUCACGCGCUGCCUGAUCGGCCUGAUCGAGGGCGGCUUUAUCGCCGACACAAUUUUGUACUUGUCAUACUACUACACCGCCAACGAACUCACCAUCCGCCUGUCGUACUUCUACGUCUCGCUGACCGCGACCAACAUCAUUGGCGCAUUCCUCGCCGCCGGCCUCCUCCAGCUGCGGCAUGUGACAAACACUGCCGGCUGGCGCUGGCUCUUUGCCAUCGAGGGCGCCCUCACAUUCCUUAUUGGCCUCUUCGCGUUCUUCUGGAUGCCGCCCGGCCCAACGCAGACCAAGACGCGCUGGCGCCGCAAGCCGUGGUUCACGGAGCGCGAGGAGAUUAUUAUCGUCAACAAGGUCAUCCGCGAUGACCCGACCAAGAGCGACAUGCAUAAUCGCGAGGGCCUCAGCCUCAAGCAGCUCUGGCAGAGCCUCACGGACUACGACCUCUGGCCGGUGUACCUCCUCGGCAUCCUCUGGGGCAUUGCGCCCGGCACCGUCCAAGCAUACUUUACGCUCACGCUGCGCUCGCUCGGCUUCAACACGUUCCAGACGAACAUGCUCCAAAUCCCGUCUCAAGUCGGCACGAUCCUCACCAACCUUAUGCUCGGGUACACCUCCCGACGCGUGAAGGAACGCUUCCUCGUCGCCUCGCUGUCGCAGUACUGGCUGCUCGUGUGCUUCAUCGCCCUCGUCCUCGUCCCCGACACGAUCAACAAAUGGGCAAAGUGGGCGCUCCUCACCGUCCUCAUCGCGUAUCCAUACCCGCACCCGAUCCUUGUGUCCACGACGUCGAUGAACGCCGGCUCGGUGCGCACACGCACUGUCGCGUCCUCGCUGUACAACAUGUUUGUGCAGAGCGCGACGCUCAUCGCGUCCAACGUCUACCAGCCAGACGACGCGCCGUACUACCACCGCGGCAACCGCGUGCUCCUCGGCAUCAUUAGCGCGAGCGCCGUGUUCUUCUGGCUCGCCAAGGCGUGGUACGUCUUCCGCAAUAAGAGCAAGGCGAAGAAGUGGGAUAACUGGACCGCCGCGCAGAAGGAGGAGUAUCUCCGCACCACGACGGACAAGGGUAACAAGCGCAUCGACUUCUUCUUCAAGCAUUAA